GUGUGUGUGUAGACGAGGCGGCGUAUGAAAACAUGAAGAUAACGGGCAGCUUUUAGCCAGAUCCCGCUUUAAAACAGAUCAUUAAACACAUCACCUCAGGAGUUUUCGUCUGUUUUCCCUGAGGACAGGGAUAUUCGCUGCCGCUGGAGAGCACAGGAGAGGAGAGGACCCUCUUUGUGAAUCCCAUUUGACUGGGAUAAGAGCCCAGUCACAGAGUGGAGUGGUGGUUUCGUCUGACCUUUAACCUCAGUAGGAAGAAGGGAAAGCCACUUCAGAGAUGGAGCAGGUCUCAGAUGAUGAAUUGGACCAUGGAGCAGAGGAGGACAGCGACAAGGAGGACCAGGACCUGGACAAGAUGUUUGGAGCCUGGCUGGGAGAGCUGGACAAGCUCACGCAGAGUCUGGAUGAUGGCAGGCCCCAGAAAGCACUGCAGAAACCUCCUCUGAGGCAGGAGACAAACAUGGCUAACUUCUCCUACCGCUUCUCAAUGUACAACAUAAACGAGGCAUUGAACCAAGGCGACACAGUGGACCUGGAUGCCCUGAUGGCCGACCUAUGCUCCAUCGAGCAGGAGCUCAAUACCAUUUCCAAACCAAACUCCACAUCGCGCGGCCAAAGCAAAGGCCAGCAGCGGGCCCCCGGAGGGCGCAGUGCCAGUACCAAGCACACAGGCACCAGUGGAGGGGGAAGCAGUGGAGCAGGAAGUGCCAGUAGUAGUACCCGGGCAUCGCCAGCCAACACAGUGCGAGGCGGCAGCGUCAGCGCCCGCCCCACGGCCUCCAACAUCUCCCUGGCUGACAUCACCUCCCAGCUGGAGAAGGCCUCCCUCAGCAUGGAUGAAGCGGCACGUCAGACUUCUUCAUCUUCUUCCUCCUCCUCCUCCUCUUUCUCCUCCACCACGCUCCGGCGGCCCUCAUCGGGGUCAUCCGGCGGCGGCGGGCAUCGAAGGACAGGCUCAGUGGGCGCGGUCAGCGAGCAGGAUGGUCCGUCCCAGCGGUCCAGUGUGAACUCAGCAUGUGCCUCAGCGUCCAGCAUGGACUCCCUGGACAUUGAUAAAGUGAUGACGGGUGGAGAGGUGGAGGGCCAGAGCAGCCCGAACACGCAAGGACAAAACCAGACCAGCACAGAGCAUGUCACGCUGCGACGGGCCAGACGGCAGCUUGACUUCACCUCACGAGAGGGUGAAAUGGAUCAGGCCACUCACUCCUAUCUGGACCGAGAAACCUCGCUCAUUCUGAAAAGCAUAGCUGGAAAGCCCUCUCACCUCCUGACCAAGGAGGAGCAAGCUGCCAAACUGAAGGCAGAGAGGAUCCGAGUUGCCCUGGAAAAAAUCAAGGAGGCACAGGUCAAAAAGCUGGUGAUCAGGGUCCACAUGUCAGACGAGAGCUCCAAGACCAUGAUGGUGGAUGAGCGGCAGACAGUCAGGCAGGUGCUAGACAGCCUGCUGGAUAAGUCACACUGUGGCUACAGCCCUGACUGGUCUCUUGUGGAAACCAUCACUGAGCUACAGAUGGAACGUAUUUUUGAGGAUCACGAGAACUUGGUGGAGAACCUGUUAAACUGGACCCGGGACAGCCACAACAAGCUCAUGUUCAUUGAACGCAUCGAGAAAUACGCUCUUUUCAAGAACCCUCAGAACUAUUUGUUGGGGCGGAAGGAGACAUCUGAAAUGGCUGACAGGAAUAAAGAGGCUUUAUUAGAGGAGUGUUUCUGUGGCGGCUCGGUGUCGGUGCCAGAGAUAGAGGGUGUCCUGUGGCUGAAGGAGGAUGGGAAGAAAUCAUGGAAGAAACGUUACUUCCUCCUCAGGGCUUCAGGAAUCUACUACGUCCCCAAAGGCAAAGCCAAGGCAUCCAGAGAUCUGGUGUGCUUCCUGCAGUUGGACCACGUCAACGUGUAUUACGGCCAGGACUACCGCAGCAAAUACAAGGCUCCGACUGACUACUGCCUGGCCCUGAAGCAUCCACAAAUCCAGAAGAAGUCACAGUACAUCAAGUAUCUGUGCUGUGAUGAUGUCAGGACACUGCACCAAUGGGUGAAUGGAAUUCGCAUUGCCAAGUAUGGGAAACAACUAUAUGUGAACUACCAGGAGGCCAUGAAGAGGACAGAGGCGGCCUACGAUUGGUCCUCUCUCUCUACCUCCAGCAUCCGAUCAGGCUCCAGUUCUGCCAGCAUACCUGAGUCCCAGUCUAACCAUUCAGGCCAUUCAGACAGUGGGGUGGACACCAGCUCUUCUCAUGGCCGGUCCCAGAGUGUAGUGAGCUCCAUUUUUUCUGAGGCCUGGAAGAGGGGUACCCAGAUCGAGGAAAACACCAAGCAGAUGAGAAUGGAGGCAUCCAGAGGGGCCACCCUGCCGCAUGCUUCCCACAGUCACCGGCAUCAUAGCCAGCAUUCAGUCGAUCACCAAGCCCUGACGCCCCCUCCCCAGCCUCAGGUGCAGCUGCAGCCCCAACCCCAGCCACAGCAACAGCACCCACCACAGCCUCAGCAUCCACCAGUGCACCCCCAGACACCGACCCAGCCACAGCCACAGCCACAGCCACAGCACCAGCACAUGCCUCCCCAGCCUCAGUCUCCUCAACAGGCACCCCAGCCACCUCUCCAGCGCCCGCAGCAAACACCACCGUCUCCACAACAGCAGCAACAGCCACAGACUAGCAGCAACAACAACCACAUGCCCCCACAACAGCAACAGCUGGCUCCUCCACCACCACCUCCUCCUCCGCCGCCUCCCCCUCCUCCCCCACCCCCAGUUCAAAUGGUAUCGCACCACUCUCCGGCUCCCACCAUGUACAAGUACAGCACCAUCACCAGGCUGCAGAACCAGAAGGCCUCCCAGGCUGCCAAUCACCACAAGUUCCCCAUUCACCUCCAUGCAACAGCUCAGCAAGUUCUCCCUCCAAUUCCGACACCGCCUGCAGCACAGGUCAAACCCGAUGUGAAUCACAUUGCGGCUCGGACUAAUGUCCCACCUCCCCCUCCACCUCCUCCUCCCCCUCCACCAUCCAUGCCAACCCCUGGGUCAGCCAUGGCUGUGCUUAAGUUGGGACCUCCCAGCCCAGCUGCCCCGCCUGCCUUCAUUCCUCCUCCCCCAGUGCCUCCGCCUGCCCCACAGACCAAUGGUGUAGCAUUUCCUCCCCCUCCUCCUCCACCCCCACCUGCACCAGCCCCCAUGAGCCAGCCUGUUUACCCCAACGGGCUGAAGCAGGCACUGAAGGAAAGGUUUCCCAGCCCGCCACGGGACCUGCUCUCACCAAAUGGAGGUCUUGAGGAGUCCCCACCACCUGCCCCUGCACCACCUCCCCCACCUCCUCCACCUCCACCUCCGCCACCACCUCCUCCUCCUCCCCAACAGUUCCCAGUGCCGUCCCAGUUCCCGCCUCCUCCUGCACCUCCACCAGCGCCACCCAAAACUUUCACCCCAGGCUUUGUCCCUCAUACAGCCCCUAAACCUGUGUCUCCUGUCUCCCCAUUCCCUCCUGCCCCACCUCCUGCUGCCCUUGGUGGCCAAACCCCACCACCACCUCCACCCCCUCCUCCACCUGCACCCCUCAAGAAGCAGUUCAGCCUCCAGGCAGGCCACACCUCCAGCCAUCCACCUCCGACUCUGCCCAAGCAGCACAGCCUUUCUAAGCAAACGCCCAUCUCCACCGGAGGCCCUCCGACUAUGUCUUUGGUGAAACAACUAGCAAGUCAGUUUCCAGGUGCUUCAUCCCAAGUAGUCAAUCACACGGAGAGCCCCAAAGCCCCCCUCUCUCCACCCGCAGUCAAGACCAAACCAAAAUGGCAGCCUGGGGGUGGCCAGCAGCUGCAGUCUCCAGAGUUCCCGCCGCCUCCGCCUGACAGCAACGCUGGCUUCCCUGCCCCUCCUCCUCCUCCACCACCUCCCCCAGCACCUGUCACUGGCCCAACUCCACCUCCUCCUCCCCUACCUCCUGCAAACCUGGGCUCCCCCACGAGGAGGUCACCGUCUGGCUCCUUCAAUUUAGGAGGCAAGAAACCUCCUCCCACCCCACAGAGGAACUCCAGCAUGAAGUUCAACGCCUCAGCUUCCUACGAGGAAUCCAGGAGGAACUUACUCAGCAAGUUUGCUCCCCAUAACAACACAUCUCCUUCUUCCCCAUGUCCCACCUCAUCCUCCACUGGAUCCCCUUCCAAGGACCUCUCAGCUGGACCCCCUGCUCCCCCGAAACCAGGCAAGCUCAACCUGGCCAACCUGCCCUUGGCACUCCAAUCCAAAGUGAGCCAGGUAAAGCAGUCCAGUGGUGACUUCCCUUCCCCACCACCUGAGUGUGCAUAUUUCCCUCCUCCUCCACCAGCCUCUGAGCUCUUCCCUCCUCCUCCACCUCCUGGUAGUGACGCCCAUAACGGAGCACCUCCGAGGGUGGCCGUGGUCAACCCCCAGCCCCAGGCUCCCCCUCCUCCUCCGCCUGUCUCCCUUGUCAGCAACUCAUCAUGGGGGAAGAGCUCGCUGAAAAAGACUGCUCCACCCACACUCGUGCGGCGUAGUAACACCACCCCAGAGCCCCCUCCACUGUCACCACCUCCACCCACCUCCCCAAAGGGCAGCUCAGGCCAGCCCAAUUUCCUGGAAGAUCUCAACCGGACACUGAAGCGGAAGUCAGUGGGUCGCCAAGGCUCCCUCAACUCGGCUGGCCUCAUGGGCAAGUUGGACCCCGUGGGAACUAUGGACGACAUGGCGCUGCCUCCACCGCCCCCCGAGCUGCUCCUGGAUCAAGGAAAGCAAAGCAACGGAGGCAAUGGUGGCUACAUGUCCGGAAACAUCUCAGGCUAUGCAACGCUUCGAAGAGGACCCCCGCCUGCUCCACCCAAACGGGGGGACACCACCAAACUUACUGGAGAGUGUUGAACUUGGAGAUCGGGACACAAUAAAGAUGGAUGAAUAGACAAUGAGAGAAUUUAUGGAAGUGGACAUUCAUAUGUGAAAUGGGAGUGAAUUCUUGAAUUCCUUCUGUCCUCUUGGGAUCACAAUGAUAAAUGGAUGACUGUGUAUAUACUAAAACCCAAACCAGACCGUGAUCAAUUAGUGUUUGCUAAUUAUUGCAUUUUUAACAUGCUUGGCAUUCUGGAUCUGUGGGGUUUACAAUACUGGAACAAUGAAAACUGGAGCAGGUAAGGUUGAGGUCACAGAAAAGUACAUUUUCUGCAAAAGUCUAAACCCUCUGGAAAACAUUGUAUUGCCCUGUAUGGUAAACCUCACCCAUCUGGUUCACCAAGCAGAUUUAAAUAAACACUAAUAAGAAUUGUGCAAAUGUUACUGGAUCCAGGUCUGAGCCAAACCAUGUAUCCGCUUCUUUGCCAUAAGUUUGUGCCACGUACUGGAGACAAACCCCCCCCCCUCACAUCUGGAUCUUUCUGCUUUGGUACUGCAUGGACCUCAUCUAAGAACAAGCUGUAAAACAUGGAGCUGUUCUGGUGUGUGUGCAUGAGCGAGAGAGAAAAACUGAGACUGCAUAUGCAUACAUGCGUUAUGUGCAUGCAUGUAUAUAUGAGCAUAAGGUGGUGAAGUAGUUAACCGUUAGGGAAGGCCUUUGUGGAGCAGGGAUGCUUACAUUUGCUUUUAUAUAAAAUUAUUUAAUGAUUGAUAAAUGGAAGGAUUUUUUUUUAUAAGUCUGUCUUUUAAUAGCUGGUCAACAAAGUCUAGAAAGGAACAAACCAUUCGGGCACAAUGGAAUGUAUACAGGAAGGUGUAUUUGACAACAUGAAUUACAGGCAAGAAGGCAAUGAUUCAGUAAUAAAAAAGAAAAACGCUCAAAACUAAAACUUUUAAAUGUCUCUAACAUUUCUAGACUGUUUCGCCACUAGGAGGAAGCCUUAUUCCCAAAGUCUUGCACAGAGGUCAAAGCAGAAAGGAGAUUUCUUCCAAAGGUUCAGCAGAGUCUGGACUGUGCAACUGGAAAUAAAAUACUUUGCUUUUUAUUUAAUGGACUUGUAAAUGGAGGGGGAGGCCUGUGAUGGUGUGUCUUCGUGGACUGUGCGUUGGCUCAAUUUUGGACCUUAUCCUUCAGUUUGUGUCUGUACAGUUGCAGCUGCUAUUCCGUUACUGUCGGUCCCCACCGCCUUCUUAAGUCACAUGGUAUCACAAAUCAGGAAGUAGAAUGUACAGAUUGGAGUGAGUCAUGUGAAGUAUACUCAUCACCACAAGGUUGAAAAAGAUGCAUUUGUCUGGUAAAUGUACAGAGCAUUGAAUCAUGUAGUCAAUAACAGAAAUCAUCUGACUGGCAUUGGACUGAAUGUUGCGUUCAACUUUGUGUCUGUCGUAUCUUGUUUCUUUAAGGUGCUAUUACUGCUUCAACCCUUGGUGCACAGGGACGAAGGUGAUCUCCUCAUUUUGUACCUACAGAGUGGAUCGUGAAGGGUUUUCAUUUCUAGCAGCAAUGCCUUCAUUUUCAGGGUGCUAGCGCUGUCCUUGAAGGAACUCCAUCUCAACACGUCCUUGUGUGCCAGGAAGACAUAUCAUUAAUAUUUCAGGCAUUUCGAAACUGGUUUUAAAUUAGCUCUAGUGUGGAAAUGUGUGCAGUGAAAAUGGUUUACAUGCUAGUUUUCAGACGGGAUCAUUACAUCCGCAGUCCAUUGAGCUUAACAUGAAGAUGGCAUUGGUUGUUUCCACACGAGCCCUUUUAUCAUGCUAUUCUUUUGUCCUUCUCUGCUGCAGUGGUUUGAUUGCCACCUGAACGCAGUGUACCAUUUCUUAGAGCUGAAUAUCAUUGUCCUGAACAGGAUGUUUACUACAGUACAGUAUGUAAGUUAUUGAUGUGCUGAUGUGAACAUGUGGGGCCAAGUGAAAUGAAGAAAAAUGGUUUCAGAUAGAGUAAACGUGUCCUCUUGCAUUUAAACUGAAAAUCACAAUAUAAAUGUUCAAACCAGA